UGGAACAGGCCAUUGGUCAUAAGGUGCGAAUAUCAUGUGAUAACCGUUGUUGGGAGAAAAAAAAUCUGAAAUCACUCCAGAUUGCAAAAUACUCCAGCGUCGCUUCGAAUGAAAGAUAAUUUAACUAGUUCGAGCUUUUACAUCGCACACUAACGAAGACUAUAUGAAGACUAUGCAUUGCAGUUCCCAACUUGAAUAACACAUCUGACGAUAUUCCCUCAUCUACCCUUACUCUUCUCAGAUUCUCUGAACACAAUGAUAGGGGUGGUGUGUUUGGCCCUCCUAGGCCUGACCUCAGCCCUGAUUUGUCCCGAUGGUGGGAUGUGUGACGACGGCAACACCUGCUGCAAGACCCCCAGUGGUGGAUAUGGCUGCUGUCCAUUACCAAAUGCUGAGUGCUGUUCCGACCACCUGCAUUGCUGCUAUGAGGGGACAGUGUGUGACUUAGUCCACUCCAAGUGCCUCAAUAAAACAGUCUCUCUGCCGUGGGUCAGAAGAGUCCCCGCACAACACAUCAUCAGCCCUCUGAUGGUGGAGGGAGUGAGGGCAGUCAUUUGUCCCGACGGCGAGUCGGAGUGCCCGGACGACACCACCUGCUGUCAACUCCCAGAAGGCUCCUGGGGCUGCUGUCCGCUGGCCAAGGCAGUGUGCUGUGAGGACAAGAUGCACUGCUGUCCAGAGGGCACCAAGUGUGACCUAGCCCACUCCAAGUGUGUGUCUCCCACCCUGGAGACAUUUGCCAUGAGGGAAAAGCGGCCUGCAAUGAAGAAGCAGACGGCAGUGACCUGCCCAGGUGGUACGAGCAGAUGCCCAAACGGAACCACCUGUUGCCUGCUGACCAGUGGCGACUAUGGCUGCUGCCCCUACCUGGAGGCUGUGUGCUGUACCGACAAACUCCACUGUUGCCCCGGCAAUACAACCUGUGACCUGGAGCAUGAUAUGUGCACAUCCCCCAACACACAGACCCCACUGGCUAAGAAGACCCCUGCCAUCUCCAACGAUGUGGAUUGCCCAGACAAGGUGUCAUCGUGUCCUGAUGAGACCACUUGCUGCCUGUUGGGGGAUAGGAGCUAUGGCUGCUGCCCUAUGCCAAGUGCUGUGUGUUGUCCGGACCACCUCCACUGCUGUCCUGGGGGAACCACCUGUGACCUGGAACAGAGCACCUGUGUGUCUAAACACGGCCAAACUUCCAUGGCUGUCAAAUUCCCCGCCACAUUGACCACGACAUCCCUACAGAGCACCGUCAAUGCUGUGCCCUGCAACGACUCUGUGGCCUGCGCUGAUGGAACCACGUGCUGUAAAUUACUAAAUGGAGAAUGGGCCUGCUGCCCCUUACCAAAGGCUGUGUGUUGUGAUGACCACCUCCACUGCUGCCCCCACGGGACCAUCUGUAACCUGGCAGAGAGUACGUGUGAUGAUCCCACUUCGGGCUCUGCCCUGGUACCCAUGCUGGACAAGGUGCCCGCCUUCAGCUAUGUGUCGCAGGAGGAGCCGCUGCCCAACAGCACAUGUGACAAAUCCACGUCGUGCCCGGGCAAAUCCACGUGCUGCAAGACCACCACAGGAAACUGGGCAUGCUGCCCCCUGCCCAAUGCUGUGUGUUGCGAUGACCACCUCCACUGCUGCCCCCACGGCACUGUGUGUAACCUGGAGGCCAGUACUUGCGAUGACCCCUCAGGCUUCAACAUGCCGUGGGUCACCAAGGUGGCAGCACUCACCACGCAGGCACAACUGGCCACUGAGAAGUGUGACGAACAGACCAUGUGCCCCGGGGGCACCACCUGCUGCAGACAGAACUCAGGACAGUGGGCAUGCUGUCCUCUACCUCAUGCGGUGUGCUGCGACGACCAUGAGCACUGCUGCCCUAAAGGCUACACGUGUAACGUGGCCGAGCAGACCUGUGACAAAGCCGGGACCCUCAGCUUGCCCUGGAUCCCCAGGGUGCCAGCCCUGCUCCUGCACAGAGUGCUUCCUCAGGCCAUUGCCCCCUCCUUCCCCCUAGCCAAGAACAUGUGUGACCCCCACACCAGCUGUCCCAAAUAUACCACCUGCUGCUUCAUGAACAAAGCUGGCAAGUGGGGAUGCUGCCCCCUGCCAAAGGCGGUGUGCUGUGCCAACGGAGACCACUGCUGCCCCAGCGGCUACAGCUGUGAUGGCCACAAGACCUCCUGCACUAAGGGCCCCCUGACCAUUCCCUGGUACCGCAAAGUGAAGGCCCUGACUGAGGGAGCCAUGUUGAAAGACGUAAAGUGUGACGACAAGAGCAGCUGUGCCUCGGGGGCCACCUGCUGCAAGCUGCCCACAGGCGAAUGGGGCUGCUGUCCCCUGGUCAAGGCUGUUUGCUGUACAGACCAUGAGCACUGCUGCCCCCAAGGCUACAGCUGCAACAUGCAGACUGGGACCUGUGAGAAACUGGUAGAGGCUAUACUCCUCCGUACGGUGCCCCUGACAAAGGUAGCAGAAUCCCAGCAGAGGGCAGCAGAGAUGAGUAUAGAUGUGACUUGUGACCGCACUGGAGGGUACAGCUGUCCCAAACUGGAAACCUGCUGCAAGACUUCACCCACGGAAUGGUCCUGCUGCCCUGCACCAAAGGCCAUAUGCUGCGCGGACACCAGGCACUGCUGCCCCGUGGGAUACACAUGUGACCUGGAGCGGGGAGGCUGCUCCCAGCAGGCUGAGUUGACCUGGGACAUGUUCUACAGCCACGACAAAAAGAGGGACUUAGUUCCGUUUUGACUUUGAGUUAAAAUCGGGAAGCACUGAUUUGGACCCUGCAGCACAUUCCAUAAGAGGAACAAACAACCUAAUGGAAACUGGACAAGGGACAGGAGAUUUAUUGUGUAUGUUUUUUUUUGUUGUCAGUGAUUUUAAUUUGGUUCAAUUGGGGUAGAACAGGAAAUAGAAAUGUUUGGAAGUAGAGAAUUCAGCAUCUCCACCCAAUGGCCAUCCCAAAGUUUUUUUAUUUAAUUUUUUUUUUUUUUAAGCAGCUAGCUUGUAGGUUUGUCUCAAUGUCUUUACGCUUAGUUACUACUGCCCCAUAUGCCAUUUUCUCUAUGCAAAUGAGAAACAUGAAUUUAUUAUAGUCUCUUGGAACAAGAAUUAUCAUUCUCCAGAAUAAACCUGCUUUAAGAUGUAUCAAAAAUGUGGUAUAUUACAAACUCUCAAGAACACAGCUACAUAGUAUAAGAAAGCUUAUUAUCAUGUUUCAUUGCUGCAGGCACAACCUAGCAUUAGUAAGUGAGCGUUAGUAUAUCGUUCUUUCUCAAAGCACUACAGAGCCAUUGAUCAGCCAACUGAGUGUUACUUUGACAUUUUUGCUAGAUUUUUUUAUGUAUGUUUUGCCCUCUGGCCUGGGUUCAUCACUUUCUGUGAACAUCAAAAUGGUCCAGCCUCUGACAGUUUUCUGUCAUUAAAAUAAAAAUACUGUCACUCAAACCCCUUAAGUAAAAGCCAUUUUUUUUCUUGAUGUCAUAAUACCCAUUGUUGAUCAUCUUGAUUUUCAGUAUAGGAAUUGUGGUGCUUGAACAGGUGAUGGGGAAGUGAAUCCAGUACAUAGGAAUUGUAAGAUUGGUUAGUACAAUGUUAGUUGAUAUCAAAAUUGAUACUAAGCACUCUGUUCUACCAGCCGUAGUCAUGGUAACCAGUAGUAAUACUUUGAAAGUCAAUGCAAACAAUACCAGUUAGCACAUAACUCUCAUCCCAUUCCCGACUAACGUCCCAAAUUUGUAUCUGUACUCUAUAGUUUUGGAUUUUUUUUUUUUUACAUGAAUGUCAUGUUAAAUGAAGGACAUGUUUCUUGGUUAAUUAUAGUUUCCUUAUCAAAUAUUUUAUCUUAUGAAGGGGAGUUGUCACUGAGGUGAAAUAAAAUUGUUUCAAAUAUUUCAGUUUUUGUUCUUCGGUAGGGAAAAGCAUUUUGUGUUGAGCUGCACUAUAGUAUAAUAAUAAACAAUGGAUGAGUCAUG